CCCUCGUCUUUAUCUCAUCCCAUCACACAUACUUUCUUUAGUCUUUACCGUGUAAACUGAAUUUGUACUAAAAAGAAGAAAAUGGGUACAGCUACCUGCGUCGACAUCAUUCUUGCCAUCAUCCUUCCACCUCUUGGUGUCUUCCUCAGGUUUGGCUGCAAGGUGGAGUUCUGGAUCUGUUUGAUUCUAACCAUUUUGGGCUAUCUUCCUGGAAUCAUCUAUGCUAUAUACGCUAUCACUAAGUGAUCCAUCAUCUUCUAUCUACACCCCCUCAAUUUAGCUUUUGUGGAUCGUGAAUAGUUGUCAGGGGGCGUCAUUCAUUCAGUUAUUGGUUUCUUUGUACUGUAAAAUUGUUUAGUGAUGGACAAAACAAAAGUUAUUCUUUUUUAGGGUACUUUGAGUGUCAAUAUUCCUUUUUUUUUUUUUUCUCUAUUUUUAACCUAAGUUUUUGUCUUGUGUGGAAUCAAAGUGUGUGAGUCUUGUGAACUCUAGAAAUGGUAGUUCAUCUCAAUAAUGUUGUUCAUCUAUCAUCCUUUGACUUUAAUAGAUUCAUUUAGAUAUUUGUUCAA